UUACUCUGGCCAUAAUCAUGUAGGCUGCGUUUAGGCAGGAGCCAGCCUCAUCCUCACACUGAUCUCAGGGGAGCAGGGAUGGCCGGGGGACGCAGAGGACUGGUGGCCCCUCAGAACACUUUUCUGGAAAACAUAGUCCGCCGCUCUAAUGUUUGGACAUUUUCUCAUAGACAGACAGACACCAAUUUUGUUUUGGGGAAUGCCCAGAUACUGGAUUGGCCUAUUGUCUACAGUAAUGAUGGAUUCUGCAAGCUGUCUGGAUACCAUCGUGCUGAAGUCAUGCAGAAGAGCAGCACAUGCAGCUUCAUGUACGGGGAACUCACUGACAAAGAAACCUGCGAGAAAGUCCGCCAGACCUUUGAGAACUACGAGAUGAACUCCUUUGAAAUACUCAUGUACAAGAAGAACAGGAUGCCAGUGUGGUUCUUCGUCAAAAUUGCUCCCAUCCGAAACGAACAGGACAAAGUUGUCCUUUUCCUCUGUACCUUCAGUGAUAUUACUGCAUUCAAGCAGCCUAUUGAAGACGAUUCGUCUAAAGGCUGGGGUAAGUUUGCUCGUCUGACACGGGCCUUGACGAGCAGCCGUGGAGUUUUACAGCAGCUGGCUCCGACUGUGCACAAAGGCGAGAGCGUCCACAAGCAGUCCCGUCUGGCCGAGGUAUUGCAGCUAGGCUCUGAAAUCCUCCCGCAGUACAAACAAGAGGCUCCAAAAACACCUCCUCACAUCAUCCUUCACUACUGCACCUUCAAAACUACCUGGGACUGGGUGAUUCUCAUCCUCACCUUCUACACGGCCAUCAUGGUCCCCUACAACGUGUCCUUCAAGACCAAGCAAAACAACGUCACCUGGCUGGUGGUAGACAGCAUUGUGGAUGUGAUUUUCCUGGUGGACAUUGUGCUCAACUUCCACACCACUUUUGUUGGACCUGCUGGGGAAGUGAUUUCAGACCCAAAGCUCAUCCGGAUGAACUACGUGAAGACCUGGUUCGUCAUCGACCUCCUCUCCUGUCUUCCUUACGACGUCAUUAACGCCUUUGAGAACGUUGACGAGGGCAUCAGCAGCCUCUUCAGCUCUCUGAAGGUGGUGCGUUUGUUGCGUCUCGGCCGUGUGGCCCGCAAGCUGGAUCAUUACAUUGAAUACGGUGCGGCGGUGCUGGUGUUGCUGGUUUGUGUGUUUGGCCUGGCCGCCCACUGGCUGGCCUGCAUCUGGUACAGCAUUGGAGACUAUGAGGUCAUAGAUGAAGACAGAAACUUGCUCCGAAGGAACAGCUGGCUGUAUCUUCUGGGAGAAGCCGCCGGCACACCAUAUCACUUCAAUGUCAGCGGCACUGAAAAGUGGGAAGGGGGUCCCAGCAAAAACUCUGUCUACAUCACGUCAUUGUACUUCACCAUGACCAGCCUGACCAGUAUCGGCUUCGGGAACAUCGCUCCCACCACGGAUGCAGAGAAGAUCUUCGCCGUCGCCAUGAUGAUGAUUGGCUCUCUCCUUUAUGCCACCAUCUUUGGUAACGUAACCACCAUCUUCCAGCAAAUGUACGCCAACACCAACCGCUACCACGAGAUGUUAAACAGCGUGCGAGACUUCCUGAAGCUCUACCAGGUUCCCCAGGGCCUCAGCGAGAGGGUCAUGGACUAUAUCGUCUCUACGUGGUCCAUGUCCAGAGGAAUUGACACAGAUAAGGUGUUGCAAAUUUGCCCCAAAGACAUGCGAGCGGACAUCUGCGUUCAUCUCAACAGGAAAGUGUUCAAAGAGCACCCGGCUUUCCGACUGGCCAGCGAUGGGUGUUUGAGAGCGCUUGCCAUGGAGUUUCAGACCAUCCACUGCGCCCCGGGAGACCUCAUCUACCACGCAGGCGAAAGCGUGGACAGCCUCUGCUUCGUGGUGUCAGGGUCUUUGGAGGUCAUCCAGGACGAUGAAGUCGUUGCUAUUUUGGGAAAGGGGGAUGUGUUCGGGGAUGUGUUCUGGAAAGAGGUGAAUUUAGCUCAGGCCUGUGCAAACGUCCGUGCGCUGACCUACUGCGAUCUUCACAACAUCAAACGGGACGCCCUACAGAAGGUUCUGGAGUUCUACACAGCCUUCGCCGGACACUUCUCACGAAACCUGGUGCUCACCUACAACCUGAGGAAAAGGAUCAUCUUCCGUAAAAUAAGUGACGUCAAACGGGAGGAAGAGGAGAUGCUGCGACGGAAGAAUGAAGCGCCUCUGAAUCUUCCUCCAGAUCACCCGGUGCGGCGUCUCUUCCAGCGGUUCCGCCAGCAGAAAGAGGCCCGUCUGGCAGCGGAGCGAGCGAGUCUAGGAGAACCGGACGUGGAGCGAGGCAGAACGGAGAGCGUGGUACACGAGAGCACUGCAACCACCAGCUUCGUCACAGUCACUGAAAUCCCAGCCUCUCCCAUCACCUCUGUGUCCUCCUCCUCAUCGUCUAGAACGUCAUGUCAAGCCAAACUCUGCACUCCUGUGGCCUCUAAUGGAACCUGUACAGGAUCCAAGUCAGCAGAACCUCCCAAAAACAAAGGCUGGGGUAGAUUUAAAGAUGCCACAUCCAAAUCUGAUCUCUCAUGGUGUUCUGUGUCCAAAGCUGAGUCCAUGGAGAUGCUUCCAGACAGGACUAAGUGGGACUCGUGGGACAGCGGCAUCACCAAGAGUGACGGGAGCGCUCGAACCCCUCAGGAUCGGAGCCCCUUGCAGGCCGAGGGCAAGCGAGCCAUUUGCCCCAUUCCAGAGCAGAGUCUCCAGGCCUGCUUUACUGAACUGAAGCAGGAGCUGCGAGGAGACAUCCACUCCCUCAGCAGCAGAAUGAGCGCCCUUGAAGGCCAGCUCGCUGAGAUGCUCCAGCUUCUCAAAGACAGGAAGACCUCAGGAUCUUCAAACCGGUUUGACAUAUCAAGACCAGAUUCUCCAGAUUCAGAAAAAGAUGACAACAUGUUCUCCUAAUUGGGUUUCAUAUCUGAUGCGGUGGGCUGAAGGGAGCACGGUUCGGUCCUGUUGAGGUGCUCAUACACUCCUUAAAAUAAAGGUUCUUAACUGGGAUCAGUGGUACCAUGAAAAACCUUCAAAGGUAUAGUUCACCCAAAAAUGAAAACUUUAAUCUCAGGCUGUCUAAGAUGUAUGUAGAUUAGUUUAUUUAGAUGAGUUUAGCAUUACAUCACUUGUUCACUGGUAAUCCUGAAUUUCUCCAAAUCUUUUUAACAUCCAUGGAAGCAUUCCAUUGCACACAAGGAUCUAUAUAGUGGGAAAACACUCUUUAGAUGAUUAAAAUGUUAUUCACACCAAGAAAAAAAAUGGUUCUUUUAAGAACUGUUCACUUGGGGAACCAGAAAUCCAUUUUGGAACCAUCAUUUUUAGAGUGAUACGGUGCAACGGCGCUUAUUUUUUCAAAUUCUGUUGCCUUCGGUGGAAUGAGAAUUACACACUUUAAUAAUCAACACAUAAAUAUAUGGAUAUAUGGAAC